GAGAGAAGAAACGUCAACCACAUGAAAGAUGAAACAUAAAACAAAAACAAAGAAAAGAUUAGUCGGAAAAUUAUUCCCCCUCAAUUCAAUGGAACAAAGCCUUCUUCAAUGGCUAACUCAUCCAUCAAUCUCCAACAAUUCAACCAAACUGUAAUAUCCUUGUCUAACUUCACAAACUUAUCUUCACUCUCUUUUCCGGCCUACUCAAAGGUUCAUCUCCAUAAACAUCAUCAAUUCAAGAAGAUCAACACCACGUUAUAUCAUUUCCGUCUAUUUUCUCGAAGAAGUUUUUUGGAAUACGAAGAUGAAGAUGAUCUAAACUCAGAUAAUUACAGUUUCCAAGAAGCUGUAGCACUUUUUAAUAGCAGAGAUUAUUACAGAUGUCAUGACGUCCUUGAAGCCCUUUGGAACCAAUCCCAAGAGCCAAUUCGAACUCUACUUCAUGGAAUUCUUCAAUGUGCAGUUGGAUUCCAUCACCUUUUCAACCAAAAUCACAAAGGAGCUAUGAUGGAAUUGGGAGAAGGGCUAUGCAAGCUUAGAAAAUUUAACUUUGAAAAUGGACCAUUUCAUGAGUUUGAGAAAGAAAUUUCAGAAGUUUUGGAUUUCAUAUAUAGAACACAACUAGAACUUGCUGCAUGUGGUGAUGAUAUUUGUGUAACUCUUGAUCAAUCAGAAAGAUCGUAUCAACUUCUUGGUGGCUAUGCAGCAGGCCAAAAACUUUAUAGCUUGGAAAAUGACCAAGAUUAUUAUUACCUUGUUUUUUCUUCUGGAAGAUAUCAUGGUAAUAUAGAAUAUCUUAGGAUAAAACUUCCAACAAUUGAUGCUUCUGAAGGAAAUUUGAAGGAGUUGGAGUAUAUUUGACAACAGUGACAAAUGCAGGAUUUUUUUAUAAGUUGUAUCGACCUAUUAUUAAAUGAGUUGGAGGGUUUUAAGAUUUUA